AUGGCUUCCAAGCGUACCUAUGGUUCUCAUGCCAGCAAUACUCUUACUCCAUCUUCCCCACAACUUGAGCCCUCUGCUCUAGACGGCAAGCGCAAACGCCCACUAGCGGAUCACACUUCUAUUCAGAACUCGCCACGGUUCAAGAAGAGACGCAUAAUUUCGAUUGAGCCUCGAAGACCAGUGAAGAGUUUUAAGGGAAAGCAAUCAAGUCAGACUCAACCCCCCAAACUCACUCAGCUCCAUUUUUCGCUCGAUACUUCUGUGCUCAGGACAUGCCCACUGUGCGAUCUAUCCUAUACUAAAGGUGCUCCAGACGACGAGAGUUUGCACCGGUCGCAUUGUGCUAGAGUGCAGAGGGGACUAGAGUGGGGAAAAGAGGAGGAGCGAGAGUUGUUAAAAUCUGGCGUGGAGGAAUUGGCAACGAGCGUGAAGCUCAAGAAUGGAGCCAAAGGCCGUAUCGUUUGUUUUAGGCCGGAUAUUGGAGGGAAGAUUGGGGGAAAGCUGUCCACUAUGCUGUCCACUAUGAGCCUCUCCCUCUCUUCCCCGCCUCUUUCGCCGACUGUCCUUCAACAUUGUAAAGUUUACCUCUUCUUGCUUCCGUCAUCAGCGAGCAGAAGCAAGAUAGUAGGAUGUGUUAUAGCUCAGCGCAUUGCCACAGCAAUGGCAAUUGCAUCGGAAGCCGAGCUGUCUGCAUCUACUUCAUCCUCCAUGCUAACUUCGCCCUUAAGUGUUUCUCAAUCGCAAGGACCGCUGCGUUCUUUUAUUCCUGUCGAUAUUGCGACCAAUCUAUAUGUUCAUCCGACGCCACUCCCCACACCGCUUGGUAUCCCUCGACUCUUCGUGUCCUCAUCUCAUCGCCGCCUAGGCAUUGCUUCUCAUUUGUUGUCUGCAGCUGCGACGACGUUUAUCUUGGGAUGCCCAUUGGAUCCCACUAAGGGUGAAGUGGCAUUUACUCAACCUACGGGAGCAGGCAAGGCCAUCUUAGAAUUCUGGGGUAAAGGGGGUAUACGGAUAUAUGAAGAGGAGCAGGGUCUGAAAUUCACAUCUUCCAACUGA